CCGGGCAACGGGGCCCGCCCCCUCCUCCCGCAGCGCCGCGACGGGCAGCGCCGCUUGGGCCGGGCCGGGAGCGGAGUCGGGCCCAGCCGAGCCGAGCUUAGCGGGCUGCGACGGGACUAGCCGCCUCCGCCGCGCCGUCCCCGCCGCCGGGACAUGGAGGGCGUGCGGCCUGGCGGGGGUCCCCCCGCGGGCGGGCCGGGUUCAGGCUCAGGGUCCGGCUCCGGCUCCUUCCCGUCGCUCUUCCCGCCUGGGCUGCACGGUAUCUACGGCGAGUGCCGCCGCCUCUACCCCGACCAGCCCAACCCGCUCCAGGUCACCGCCAUCCUCAAGUACUGGCUGGGGGGACCUGAUCCUCUGGACUACGUUAGCAUGUACAGAAACCUCGGAAACCCAGUGCUGAAUGUUCCUGAGCACUGGCACUACGUCAGCUUUGGGUUAAGUGACUUAUAUGGAGACAACAGAGUACAUGAGUUUACUGGAACAGAUGGACCAAGUGGUUUUGGAUUUGAGUUGACAUUUCGACUAAAGAGAGAAACGGGGGAGUCGGCACCACCUACGUGGCCAGCAGAGUUAAUGCAAGGCUUAGCGAGAUACGUCUUCCAGUCAGAAAACACCUUCUGCAGCGGUGACCACGUAUCAUGGCAUAGCCCUUUGGACAACAGUGAAUCUAGAAUCCAGCAUAUGUUACUGACAGAAGACCCUCAGAUGCAGCCGGUGCAGACUCCUUUUGGGGUCGUUACUUUCCUACAGAUUGUUGGAGUUUGCACUGAGGAACUGCAUGCGGCUCAGCAGUGGAACGGGCAAGGGAUCUUGGAACUGCUUCGGACUGUCCCAGUAGCUGGAGGCCCCUGGUUGAUAACGGAUAUGCGGAGAGGAGAGACAAUAUUUGAGAUUGAUCCACAUCUGCAACAGGAGAGAGUUGACAAAGGGAUUGAGACAGAUGGCUCAAACCUGAGUGGAGUGAGUGCCAAAUGUGCCUGGGAUGAUCUCAGCCGGCCCCCGGAGGAUGACGAAGACAGCAGGAGCAUUUGCAUUGGGACCCAGCCACGGCGGCUCUCUGGGAAAGAUACAGAGCAAAUCAGGGAGACUUUGCGGAGAGGACUUGAGAUUAACAGCAAACCUGUUCUACCUCCGAUAAAUGCACAAAGACAGAAUGGGUUGAACCACGACCGAGCACCAAGCCGUAAGGACAGUUUAGAAAGCGAGAGCUCAGCAGCUAUCAUUCCUCAUGAGCUAAUCCGCACAAGACAGCUGGAGAGUGUACACCUGAAAUUUAACCAGGAGUCUGGAGCUCUAAUUCCCCUCUGUCUAAGGGGAAGGCUCUUACAUGGACGGCACUUUACAUAUAAAAGUAUUACAGGGGAUACAGCAAUCACGUUUGUAUCAACUGGAGUAGAAGGAGCCUUUGCUACGGAAGAGCACCCCUAUGCAGCACACGGACCUUGGUUACAAAUCCUAUUGACUGAAGAAUUUGUAGAGAGAAUGCUGGAAGAUUUAGAAGAUCUGAAUUCUCCAGAGGAAUUUAAACUUCCAAAGGAGUACAGCUGGCCUGAAAAGAAACUGAAAGUUUCCAUCUUGCCAGAUGCCGUGUUCGACAACCCACUGCAUUAGAGCUGAAUUACACCCUUCUAACAACUGGGAGAGCCAAGUUACUGUCCAUUACCCAGUGACUCACAGGAUAAUUAAUGCAGUAAAAACUCUGCCUGCAAAUAAAAGAGUUUGCUGCACAACCACUGCAAACAGAAGAGGAGCUACUCAGCACCAGCCCAGACCGAACUGAGCCCUUUCCUUUAUCCUUCCCAAGGCUGAGCUCUCUGGGAACAGCCUGCGUAUGUGUGAGUGCGAGUGAGAAAUAUUUAACUAUGAAAAUUAGUAGUAAGAAUCCUUUCUCUCUCCUAGCUACAGAACUCCCCUCUGCCUUAGCCCAGGGUGUAGACGCUCUGCACGCCUGUAUUUACACAUGCAUUUCUGCCAGGUGCGAGCCUAUAAUCCAUGGAUUAAAUGUUCUUUACGUGACUCUGGAGUCCUUUUGUUAGCCAAACUUCUACUGACUGCAGAACUGUUCUUCCAUGUGCUAUUUUUUUUCUUUUCAGAAACGGAAUGGUAUUUCCCCUGUUUAAAGGAGGCCAAAAGCUCACAUGCUUGAAGCUGAACAGAUUUAAAGAUGAACUUUCUAGUCAGUCAAGAAAAACAAACCCAGAUCCUCCCUGCCCUCAAAUUAGGCAUGUUUGAAGUGUUGGUCUUGGUGCUAUUAGCUAUGGUAUCACUGCAAACAGAGGCAACUUUAUUCUCGCGCAUCCUGUCCUUGUGCCUGAACCCCAGGGAAGGUCGCAACCUCUAGUUUUGCACAAGCAGGAGGAAAAAAGCUACCGGGGCGGGGGAGAUCUCCUGUUUACAGUGUGUUUAUCUUUAAAGAGAUACUGUCAAGUAUUUUUUUCCUUGCUAUUGUACAGAAUUUGAGAAGCUAGAAAGGACCGUUUGUUCACAGGGACAACUUCAGCAGCUCUGCAGGAUCCAGAGGGCUGCCUGGAAGCAUAUGAAAUGGAGAUCUCCACUGCCCUGGCAUAGCAGAGAGGAGACUCGGCCUUAAUAAAGCCAACUAUUCUCUCUGUUCCAGCAGGGUUGUGCCCUAGCACAGCUCCAUUUUCCGUCUAGCCUUGCUGUGGUGGCUCUUCUUGUUGCUGACGUCCCUCCUUUCAGACAGGUUUGAACUGUAAAGCAUCAAAAUCAGUUUGAAAAUACCUUCUCUCUAGAUCCCUCUGGCUUCCUCCUUGGAGCAAAUAUGGUAUGUAGAGGAGACAGUCUCUGCAGGGUCAGGUUGUGUCUCUGCAUCAAGAUGCUGGCCCCUGUGGAUGUGCUGCAGCAAGCCACCACAGGCUUUACCCGCUAUUGUUGUCGCAGGUUGUUUCUGACGGGUGUUCCCCAGCCUUCCUCUGCCCAUUGUCUUUUGGUGACAACUCUUCACUCCGUGUCAGGGGAGGUGCAGCUUUCCUUCCACCCCUUUCUGCCUACAAGCUAACUUGGUGAUGUAUGCGCAAUUGCUGUGUGAUCCUAAUACAAGUAUAACAAAAGCUUUUAACACUUAACUCCCCUGAUCAAACAGCAAAGUCCAGGGGCCUCGUAGUACCCCAGGGUUGGUUUUCUGCUUGUUUUCUGAUUAGAUGUUUUUUGCAUAUAUUUGAGGCUGGUUGAUGUUGGUCAAGAAGCAGAGCUAGGAGCCACAAAGCUUUCCUUGAAGUUGCUACAGAAUUCCUCUGUGGCCUCAGGCAAGUCACUCAAUGUCUCUGUGCAGAGAGGGUGAUUAUUGACUAGAGGGCCGUAGGACCUACUGAAGCAUGCCAGGGUUUGCAGGGGAGGGCGUGCUUUGUGUACGAAGUAGUAUUUUUAUUAUUAUAAUUGUUGUUAUAUUAUAAUUUAAGGCAGGCCAAAUGCAGGGUCCAACACUGCUCGGCAGAACCUUCCUUUCUGCAAAGCUACGAAAGCAAUUUACAUGUAAAUGAGUUUGUCAUUUUGUCUGAACUCAGAGGAUCAUCUUAAAAUCCUGCUGUGAAAGAAAAAACUUUCAGAUAUCUGCAUGUGCCAGCCAGGGUGAUUUCUGUGCUGUGUCAGACUGCAUUCAUCCGUGGGAUCUCUUGGCCAGUUUUCAUUGUCCUGGUUAGCACUAAGCAUCCCUUCUGCACUGUAGAUGCAGGGGACAGCGUAGGCGAGAAAGCAGCAUGAAAAUGUACCAGCCCAGCUUCAAAAAUGAUGUGCCCAAGUGUCCCACCACAAGAUAGUGAACAAUCAGAGGAUUGUGGCAGUCAGGAAAAAGACAAGGGCAGCAACUACAAUUUUGUCCCAAAGCCAUCCACCAACAGUAGCCCAUGGACUGCUCUUGUACGAGCUUGCUGGGGGUGCCUGUAGCAGAGCUGGCCCGUUGCCACGAUGCUGGCUGCUCUUCCUUGUUUCCAGAUGCUAGCUCUCAUUAAAAGGAGCUUAAAAUCCACAUCUUAGUGGAGAAGGGACAUUUGGAAGGUCAAUUGUUGCUGUUCCUGCAGAGAUCAGCAUGGGGCAGAGAGAAGUCCAUCAGACCCUCUCUGGGCUCUGACACACAUCUGGAAAGCUUAGGACCUCCUGCCCUAUGAACUCUUUGAGCCUUCACAGCAGGGAUGCAGUGCUGUACGCAGGGAGAGCACCUCCUCCAAGCUGGCUUGUGCUCCAGUUCUGCCUUUCUUAUGUGUAUGUUUUCCUCACCAUAUUUACUCUCAUCAGACGCUCUGGGUUGGGUUUUCAUUGACUUCAGAGGGAGCACGCUGAAUGCAUUCGAAAAUCCACCCAGUAUCCUUGUGUGUGUGUAUUUUUGUUUCAUGUCAUGUAUUUAUAUAUAGUUCUGUGUAUUUGAGUUAUGAACAGGUGGCAUGCCAGAAAUCUCUAUUUCUGAGACAGUUUCUCGCAGAUCUUUGCUGGUAGCCAGAUAACAGUUGAGGGGAGGGUUUGAAGGGAAGGAAAUUAAAUCUUCGUAUUUAGUUAAAGGGAAAAAUAUUAGACAACUGCUAAAAGAGAAAUCUCUGUCUUAUUGUUAUAUCAACUACAAGAGAGAAACUGGUAAAAGUCAGCCCUUAAGCUCCAAGGUCACGUCACUGCCUCUCAACAGUUAUCUAAGAAUAAGAAAGUUGCUUGUUACUCAGUAUCGUGAAGAGCUGUGCACACACACGACCUCCCCUCCCUGAUUCACAUCAAGUUUGCAACCGUGCCAAAGGCUUACUCAUUGGCAAGUAAAUGAGAUCUCGAGUUUGGAUAUUUUCAUCCUGGGGAAAGAGGACAUGCCUGUGUGUGAAGGAAAUGGAAAAGAAACCUUUGUAUUUUAGUGAGCAAGUAGUUUGAAAAAGGGAAAUGCAUCAGUGUUAAUAGACGCCACGGUAUUUUUCUAGCCCAAACCUGCCGAGAUGGUAGGCCCACUGGUGCUGGUUUUUUCUAGAUUGUGCAGAAGGUCUGAAGCAGAAUUGUAUGAAACCAAAACUUGUGAGGCUUGUGUUGGCUAAAGAUAGUGAUCUGAAUGGAAAUGAACACAGCUUAGAAGCAGCAAGUACAGGUUUUCUCCCUCCUGGAGAAAUCUUGCGAUGCAGGUCUAUAGGGAUAUUUCCAAAGAUGAAGAGCCUUAUGGCAGACCCAUAAUGCCUUGAAAAUCCAGCAUGUGACAGCGAUUCUGAAACAAGAGAAGUCCCAAAAGCCAGGACUAUUCUCCCUCACAACUCAUGAUUAAAAACAGGAGAAGGAAUGUAUAGUUUCAAUAUUAAAGUAUGUGGGAUAAGCUCUGAGCAGAGCAGUCAGUCUUGUAGGUGGUAUGACCUAGAGUGAUAUUUUCAGUGGCUUAGAUAGGUGGUGCCUGCUGUGUAAAAUGUCUUUGAGAAUGGUGAUAUAUUGGUUUUACUGUACACAGAUUUGCCAACAGUGAUUUGAAAUUACAUUCUGAAGCUCUUCACUUCAAAUAUUCAGUUGCUCUUGGAUGGCUUUUGAAAUUACACCAUCGGGUCAUCAAAUAGUCUUUGAAGAAGUGGGGGUUGUGGUGAAAGCAAUGCUUGGCUUGGAGAGAGCAGAUUGCUGGGGAGAGGCUGUGUGGUGGGAGAGCAAGUUAGCAGCCUCCCUCCUGCACCCAUAGCUUGGGCAUGUUCAAUGCAGCGCAGUCCCUGUGCAUCUCGCACAUUGCAAGGGGAGCUAACGUGGGUGCAGGGAAGCCAGAAACCAAAGUGAGAAUCAUCAAGGCCUCAGCACAGCAUGGGGUCCCUGCAGGCAAGUCCUCUCAUUUCCAUGGAAAGACCCAUUGAAGUCUUGCCGGUGCAAGGAGCCAGCCACGCACGUCCUACUGCGCGUUCACACUCUGGCCUGUACCUGCCACUGAUGGUAGAGACUGAAAACGGCCAAGUUAGCGGCAUGUGAGCUUGAGUCGAAGAUGGGGAGUAGCAAUGUGGCUGCUUCAGUCUCAUUUGUAAUUUUAAUUAGUGUGGGGUGGGGAGCAGAGCUUCUGCUGCGCUGCCCCUCGUGAGUACCUCCAGGCUGGUCACUGAGCAAGCUAUUGCUCACCCAUUGUCCACUCCCUUCGUAAAAUGUCACCCCAGCUCCUCACAAAAACCUUUCUCAGAUGCUUCACUGGAAAAUGUUUGGCUGACUGCAUGUUUCGCAGGAUGCUGGGUUAGAUGACAGGUCAGCAUGGGAUUGUGGCUGCUUGGCUCCUUGUCUGUCCUGAUGACUACUCCCUCCUCCUCGGUAGGCAUCAAGAGUCUGUGACGCAUUUUGCCAACUUGUGUCUGGUCGGAGCAAGGCAGCAUCAUGUCGGGUGGUGAGAAGAGAUCUGCAGAUCUUCUGGCCAGAGGAAACCCUUAGGCCUGUGUGUUCAAUUUUCCCUUAGGCCAGGGCUAUGGCCUUGCACCCUGUGGCUCCGCUGUAUGAAGUCUUGGGCUUCAGCCCCUGUGCUAUGGCAGCCAGGUGAGGAGGGAAUCCAGCACCGUGAGAGCCCUUCCACUGCCCAGGGACUUGAUCCUUUACAUAACUGCUCUCCAUUUAGAGUAUAUAUUGUGCCUUAAUUUUCCUUGUGAGUGAAGCUGCAAGGGCAGAUGUAUUGUCAAGCAAUCAGGAAUCCCUUUCUGUGCAUCUGUCCCUAUCAAUAAAUGCCAGCCUGCGCAGCAGCCAAACUGUAUCCAGAACAAUCCUGAAACGCACGUUUGCUGGUAGGGUUCACCUCCCAAGAUUUUAAAGCUGGAUUUAGUUCUCUGGGACUGGGGCAGUUCUUGACGAGCUCUGUAGCAACCUCCUAUCUUUAUAACAUUUUUUUUGUUUGUGCAGUGUCUGCUUGUUCUCUUUUCUUUUUAAAAAAAUACCCUUGCGUUUGACAUGAGUCCGAAAUUUCAAGUGGAGAAUAAGCCUGAGGUUGCAAAUGUGUUUUAAACGGAGCCCCGCGUUGACCUGUCUCUCUCAGGCAGUGAACCUGUCGUGUAUCGUGCUUCACCACCUCUUCAUUUCUACCAUGAUUCUGUUUCCCCUAAAAUCGCUGACAGACCAUAAAAUAAUCAUAAGCGGCACAUGAGUUCAGAAACAUAAUUUCUAGUCUGCUGUGAAAGUAGCCCCUUCCCUUUCCCUUGCUAAAAGACCACAGCGUCAUUCACUGUUCGGCUCGUAGAGCCCCAGCAGUGGGAGACGAACAUCAGCCCAGAAAGGGCUGCACGUGGCAGAUGUGGCUGGCUGGUGCCUGCUUGUUUUUAAACUGUCCUGAUGCUAUGUCUCCCCUCUUUAAAAAGAGGAGAAGAGAGAGAGAAAAAAAAAACCCAACCUCAAAAAGCUGGAGGAAAAUUUCCUGCCGAUUGUUGUGUUUUGCAAACACUGGUCUUUUCUCUCGCCCUCUCCCUCUGCUCCUGGUGAGGCUGGAGAUGAAAAUGGCUCCUUUGUUCCUUUCCCUGGGGCCCAACUGCAGCGAAAGUGCGGCUCCGGAAACCCUCUACCGAACAAGCAGCGAGGGUGGGAGGGACUGAGCUGUCGCCGUGUGCGGUAGGUCCUACAUAAACACGGUAUGUGCUGACAAUGCCGCGGGCAGGAUGGGCACAGAAGCGCAGAAGGACUUUGCGGUGCUGGCAGCGAAGCUCGUGCGCCGUUCCUCCUGCGGCAGCAAGCGGGCUGCGAAACCCGCGGGGGGCAGAGGAAGGGGAGGCGGGUGUGAGUGGCCGUGUCGUCCCGGCAGUGACUGAUCACAGGCUGGGGGGCUCCGGCCCUUUUGUUCUCAGCUUUUGGCUUUCCCUGAAGCAGCAAUUCACAGCCCCGUGGAAGCAGACGGCAUCCUGCUGGGGGCUCGUACUGAUUUUCUGGCCCUGCGCCGGGAUGCUCCUUGCACCCAUCCAGCCCUGGAGUCCCAGUGCUCUGUGUUGGGCCGUGGUCAUGCUCCAAACCCAAGCUUAGUCAUUCAAAACCCUUCUCUCAUCCAGCCCAGGUUGGACACACUGGCUUUUCCCUUUUUUUAAAGGGGUGGAGGUUUUGCCACUCACUAGGGACGCUGCUUGUUUUGUAUGCUGGACGAUUUCUGCAAAACCUAGAGCAAAGGCAGCUUCCCAGGGUGGGGGGCCACAGCAAGCCCUGACCAUUGGGGCUGCCCUCGCAGCCUGGAGGUGAACCUUUCUGUAGUUCAGCUGUGUGCGUGUGCGAGAGUGUGCGGUCUGUGUGCGCGGGGUCGCAUCGAGCGAGGAGCCCAAGGAUGCUACCGAUGGGGCUGGAAGGAGCCCGCGUUUCUGCAGCAGGUGUAUCAGUACCUUGUAGAUGGCCUUUCUUCCCCCUCCCCUCCUCCUUUUUUUUUUUUAUUUUAUAAAAGACAAAAAAACAAAUGGAAAGCUAAACUAGCAGAGGUUUUUAAAUAUUUUGUAUUAGUUUCUAAUGUAAAUUCUUACACUGUUAUUGCAGUGCUGGGUGGGUUUCACCUGCGCGUGACUUUUUGUAAUAUUUUUGUGAAUCGCUAAACGUUUUUUUCCUCCUGUGUAUUCUAAGUGCAUUAAACGUAUUUGCAGAA